AUGCCUUACAUUGAAGUAAAGAUAAGACCGAUGCUGGACACUCACAAGGCAGUGGAGUAUCAUUGGCGUGUCUGGGAGUUGACCGGAAUCGUGCAGACUCCGGGCUCCAAUCGCAUCUGGAAUUUGGUGCGCGGCAUUUUGAUUAACACCCUGAUCACGCUGCUGUUUCCGCUUACGCUGGUUGCCAAUCUGUUCUUCACGAAGAAUCUGCAGCAGGUGUGCGAGAAUCUCAGCAUUACCAUCACGGAUAUUUUGGCCAAUCUCAAGUUUCUCAAUGUGUACGUGAUGCGUGACGAGUUAAAUGAAAUACGCGACUUGCUCAUGUUGUUGGACAAACGCGCCCGCGACAUUGGCGAUCUCGAUGAGCUGGAGGCGCUGCAUGACGCAGUGAAGAUAUCUCGUACCAGCUUUCGCAUAUUCGGCGGCAUCUUUAUCUUUGGCACCACCUUGAGCUGCUUUCGUGUGGCCAUCGCCACCGAGCGUGUGCUGCUUUAUCCCGCCUGGUUCUGGUUCGACUGGGAGUGCUCCAUUGUAACGUAUAUUAUUAUCCUUGUUUAUCAGUUGUUCGGCUUGACUGUGCAAGCGCUGCAGGAUUGCGCCAAUGAUUCCUAUCCGCCUGCAUAUCUCUGCAUUCUUACUGGUCACAUGCGUGCGCUGGAGUUUCGCGUGCGUCGUCUUGGCCAGCAUACGGAGAAGGAACUUAACUAUAUCGAACUAAAUGACUGCAUUGACGAUUACAUAUACAUACUGGAGCUUCAUGCUAUUAUACAAAAGAUUCUUUCUGUGCCCAGUAUGGCGCAAUUUGUCUGCUCCGCUGCCGUUCAAUGUGCUGUGGGUUUGAAUUUCCUCUACAAUGCCGAUUCGAAUGACCUUUCCGCCAUGGUGCUGUCCAUGGUUUUCUUUAUGGCUGUGACUCUGGAGGUGCUCAUCAUUUGUUACUUUGGCGAUCGUAUGCGCACCCAAAGCGAGGCGUUGCUAAAUGCCUUUUAUUUUUGCGAUUGGUUUGACCAGCUGCCGAAGUUCAAACAGAAUCUCAUCAUCUGCCUACAGCGCGCUCAGCAGCCUUCACUUAUCUACGCUGGCAACUAUAUACCGCUGACCCUGGAGUCCUUUGUAAAGAUCAUAAGGUCAACAUACUCAGUCUUUACUGUGCUGCUGCGCGCCAAGUAA